AUGUCAACAUUUACAUUCAGUACAACAGAAAAGAACAAACCUUUAUUAAUUUGUAAAGGUUUUGCUUAUACUAUCGAUAAAACAACUAAUGAUAAAACUUAUUGGAAAUGUGAACAUGUUCGAAAAUUUAAAUGUAAAGGACGAAUUCACACUAACUGUACUCAUACAACAUUAUUACAUGAAAACGAUAAUCAUAAUCAUCCUGGUAAUCCCGUUUCAACUGAAAUUGGAAUAUUUGAAGAAAAAAUUCGUCAUCAAGCACCUAAUUCAAACGAAGCUACACAAAACUUUAUUGAUUAUUGUCUCACGAAUUUAGCUGAUCAUGCUGUAGCUCGUCUUCCUGAUUUUAAACAUGUCAAACGAAAUAUUCAAAAUCACCCAGUAAAAAAAGAUUUGCCCGAAAUUCCACAUGAUAAAACAUUUAAUGCAACACCAUCGAUUUUUUAUCAAUUAUACGCUAUGCACGUGGUUUAUCGAAAUGCUGUUUUACCUGUCGUAUUCGCAUUAUUACCAAACAAAACUCAACAAACUCAUCGUCGCCUUAUUGAUAAAUUAUCAGAAAUUUGUCCAUUAUGGAGUCCAAAAUUUAUAAUGAUGGACUUCGAACUUGCAUCAAUAAAUGAAUUCGGUGAUAAAUUUGUAACAACAACAAAUCCAUCAAUAAUAUCCGGUUGUUUUUUCAUCUACAAAAUAGUAUUCAACGACUUAGGCUUCAAAACGAAUUAUGAACAAGAUCCAGUAUUUUCUCAUCAUGUUAAUCAAAUUGC